AUGGAGGAGAACGUAGGCAACUUGGGGGAUUUAGGGGAUCAUAACAUGGAGGACCUCAAUCGAACAGAUCACCACCUAAGCCAAGGCGAACUGCUAGGAAAUUCCAAUGUUGGGACCUCUUCUGGGCCAGCUCAAAAGAAGCAAAAGCAGUAG